AACGUUAUUCACCUGUUUUAAAUUAUCUCCUGUUGACUGAUGGUGGUGAGCCAGAGUGUUAUGAUGAAGCCUUGCAAGAUGAGAAUUCAAGCAAGUGGGAGUUAGCCAUGAAGGAUGAGAUGGAUUCCCUGUUGGGGAAUCAGACAUGGGAACUGACUGAAUUGCCAGUAGGAAAGAAGGCUUUGCACAACAAGUGGGUAUACAGAAUAAAGAAUGAGCAUGAUGGUAGCAAACGUUACAAGGCCAGAUUAGUGGUUAAAGGGUUCCAACAGAAGGAGGGCAUUGACUACACAGAGAUAUUUUCUCCAGUUGUGAAGAUGUCAACAAUUAGACUUGUACUUGGAAUGGUGGCUGUAGAAAACUUACAUCUUGAGCAGUUAGAUGUGAAGACAGCAUUCCUUCAUGGUGACUUGGAGGAAGACCUUUACAUGAUUCAGCCAGAAGGGUUCAUUGUUCAGGGACAAGAGAAUCUAGUCUGCAAACUGAGAAAGAGCUUGUAUGGCCUUAAACAAGCUCCUAGACAGUGGUACAAGAAGUUUGACAAUUUUAUGCAUAGAAUUGGGUUCAAGAGAUGUGAAGCUGAUCAUUGUUGCUAUGUUAAGUCCUUUGACAAUUCUUACAUCAUAUUACUGUUGUAUGUGGAUGAUAUGCUUAUUGCAGGGUCUGACAUUGAGAAGAUUAAUAAUCUGAAGAAGCAAUUGUCCAAACAGUUUGCAAUGAAGGAUUUGGGAGCUGCAAAGCAAAUCCUUGGUAUGAGAAUCAUUAGAGACAAGGCUAAUGGUACAUUGAAACUUUCACAGUCAGAGUAUGUGAAGAAAGUUCUACGCACUGAAAAGUGCGAACCGGAGAAGUCGACAACUUUCUCGGUACAGAAAGGAGGAAGGGACGCACGAAGCGGCGCCGUUUUGAGGAUGCAAACCAAGAUCAGCUCCUUCUUCAAGCCCUCUUCUGCACCCAAAUCACCUCCAAUUUUCUACGACGAUGAUGAUGGGGACAAUGAACCGACGCCGUUUUCUGACAAGGAGGAACCUCCCAUUUUCGGCGGCGACGACGAAAUGGUGUCGUUUUGGGAGAAGGAACCAGAGGUCGUCAUCACCUACAAGCGCAGAGCUCCGAAUCCAGAUAGGGAAAAAAACGAGACAGAUGGUGGUUUGAUCGCUGAAACCAUGAAGAAACCCAUUGUAGUGGAUUCACCACUCCCCAACAGAACCCUCAAUAAGAAGAGAAACUAUGCUCAGUUCCAUUUAGAGUUGGGCCAGUCUGAUUUCCUUCUGCAUUCAUGCUCUACAUGUGGGCUUAAGUAUGCUCCUGGUGAUGAAGGGGACGAGCAAGUUCACAAGGCAUUCCACAAGAAUUUCACCCAUGGAAUUCAAUUCAAGGGUUGGCGCAAUGAGAGAAUCAUUCGUAUGCCUUCAACUGGAGGGGGACGAAUUGUUUUGGUAUUGGAUGGCGACCCUCCUGCUCAUAAGAACAAGGUCCAUGAGGUUGUAAAGAUCAUGGAGGUUGAAUUUGGAGGUGGAUGGAUUUUUCAUAAGAACUGUAAGGCGUAUCUAUUCAUUUCCUCCCAAAGGGUUGCUGGCUGUCUAGUUGCAGAACCAAUACAAAAAGCCUACAAAAUUCUCUCGUCCUCACCGGAUGAAAGAUCUGAUGAUACUAGCUCAAAGGAAGCAGGACCGAAUUCAAACAAACUUCAGUUUGGGACCGUAAAUUUUCAGAGAGAAGUCGUCCAAAGAGCUCCUUCUGUUAAUAGCCGUGAAGCAUUGGAUGGGACACCCAAUGGACCUAUAGUCUGUGAGAAGGAAGCUGUACCUGCUAUCUGUGGCAUUAGGGCCAUAUGGGUCACUCCCUCCAACAGAAGGAAACAUAUUGCUAGCCAACUUCUGGAUGCCGUGAGGAAAAGUUUCUGCAUGGGGUUUGUCCUCAAGAGCUCUCAGCUGGCAUUCUCUCAACCAACAUCAGCUGGAAUGGCAUUGGCUUCCAAUUAUUUUGGUUCAGUAUCUUUCUUGGUGUACAGGACCGAUAAAUCAAUCUGCUGAAUGGUAUGAAGAAACACAGAUUAUUAGGUUGAGCUCCAUCAAUUUUGCCAUUGAAUGUUUUCUCAUUCUCAUUUUCAUCCCAAGUAAUAGAAGAUUGACAAGUAACAUGUAUUUAAAUUAAGGUAAAGCGUAAUAAGAGUAACUCAGUGCCUUUACAUUCAACAUAGUGGAUUUGGAUACAUGCAAAAGCAUUUCAGAGCUUCAAAUGCCGCUCUGCAUGAAUGAUGGCUCUGUAUGCAUGUUUGAGAUGACUGAUGUAAAAUGUCAUAAAAGGCUUGGUUUCUUUCA